AUGACGAAUUCGGCGACUAACUUGCGGCUGAAGCUGCCCAUGGCCUGCAUCAUCCUGGAGGUGAUCAUCAUCAUCCUCUUCGGCACUCUGGUGCAGUACGACGAUGAGACAGACGCCAAGCUCUGGCACAAGGAAAUCGCCAAUGGCUCUUCCAACUACGACAACGACUUUUACUACCGCUACCCCAGCUUUCAGGAUGUGCACGUGAUGAUCUUCAUUGGCUUUGGUUUCCUCAUGACGUUCCUGCAACGUUACGGAUUUAGCAGUGUGGGCUUCAACUUCCUCAUUGCGGCCUUCGCUCUGCAGUGGGCCACUCUCAUGCAGGGCUUCGUCCACGGUAUGCACGGGGGCAAGAUCCACGUCGGAAUAGAGAGUAUGAUCAACGCUGACUUCUGCACAGGCUCAGUGCUCAUCUCGUUUGGGGCGGUCCUGGGGAAGACCAGUCCAGUCCAGCUGCUGGUCAUGUCUGUGAUUGAAGUCACCCUGUUUGCAGUCAAUGAGUUCAUUGUGCUUACUGUUCUGGGGGCCAAGGAUGCUGGUGGCUCCAUGACCAUUCACACCUUUGGAGCUUACUUUGGCCUGAUGGUGGCUCGUGUUCUCUACCGCCCCAACCUGGACAAGAGCAAACACAAGAACUGCUCUGUCUACCACUCUGACCUCUUCGCCAUGAUUGGCACCAUCUACCUGUGGAUGUUCUGGCCAAGCUUCAACUCUGCUGUGACGGCCCACGGAGAUGACCAACACCGCACGGCUAUGAACACCUACUAUUCCCUGGCUGCCUGCACCCUGGCCACUUACGGCCUGUCUGCCGUUGUGGCUCAUGAUGGGAAGCUCGAUAUGGUGCACAUCCAGAACGCUGCCCUUGCCGGUGGGGUUGCCGUGGGAACUGCUGGUGAAAUGAUGCUCACUCCUUUUGGCUCCAUGAUUGUGGGCUUCCUGGCUGGAACCAUCUCUGUGCUGGGCUUCAAGUUCCUCUCGCCUAUCCUGGAAGAAAAGCUGAAGAUUCAGGACACGUGUGGUGUCCACAACCUGCACGGCAUGCCUGGAGUCCUGGGAGCCAUCGUUGGAGCAGUUACUGCUGCUCUGGCAACCAAGGACGUCUAUGGAGAUGGGUUAGUCUGCCUUUUUUUGACAAGUUGGGAAAGUGUGCCCUCUCCUGGUUUUAUGGCCAUCUCCCUGGCCGUGACCCUGGGCAUUGCCCUCCUGGGUGGUCUUAUCACCGGUUUUAUUCUGAAGCUGCCAAUCUAUGGUGCUCCUCCUGACACCAUCUGCUUUGAGGAUGGCAUCUACUGGGAGCUGCCUGGUGAGGAGGGCUCACAUGAGGAGUUGACCACUGUCAGGACACCGGACGAGGCAGAAAAGCUCAACGCAUAA